AACUCCGAUAAAUGGGUGGUAGGUCUUCCUGCAUUAUCCAAGUUAUCAGCACUAUCAAAGUCUUUGCUUGAUGGUUUCAAUGGCAAUGGAGUUUCGCGUUCUUCCAACCUUAGCUUUACUCUCCGUGGUGGUAAUAGGAACAUCUAAUGCUGCUCUACCUGCUGAAGUGUAUUGGCAUUCCAAGUUGCCAAACACUCCUAUCCCACAAGAUCUUCUGAGUCUUCUUCAGCCCGCAAUGCAUUCAGAUACGGGAGAUAAGUCCAUUUUUUGGGACAUGGGCUUGGCGGAUAAGACUUAUGAUGAUAGACGAGAAAAAUAUGGAAAGCGUUAUGAUACCACUUUUAAAGAAAGCGUAGAUGACAGAAGGGAGAAGUAUGGCAAGCGAUAUGAAAAUGCUUUUGAGGAAAACAUCGAAGACGGAAGGGAAAAGUAUAAGCGCUACGGAGAUCCUUUUGAGGAAAACACUGAGGACGGGAGGGAAAAGUAUAAGCGCUAUGGAGAUCCUUUGGAGGAAAACACUGAGGACAGGAGGGAAAAGUAUAAAAGAUACGAGGAGAAAUUCCAUAAACAUAAUCUUCCUAGCUCAACUGUGUUUUUUGUAUAUAAUGAUCUUCAUGCAGGGAAGAAAAUGAAAGUUCAUAUAACAAAAUCUACAAACAAAGCUAGAAUCUUGCCUCGUCAAGUUGCUGAUUCUAUACCUUUCUCAACUGAUAAAUUGUCAGAAAUUUUUCAACGUUUCUCUGUAGACCCUGAAUCACGCCAAGGCAAAGUGAUGAAACAAACUAUAGUGGAUUGUGAGUCACCUGGUAUUAAAGGAGAAGAAAGAUAUUGUCCCACUUCUUUAGAGUCUUUGAUUGAUUUUAGUGUCAAACAUGUCGGCAAUAAAGCUCAAGUUCUUUUUAAUCAGGUAGAUGAACCCAAAAGAGUUCAAGAGUACACAAUCAUGGAUGUCAAAUUCAUGGGAGAAAAUCAUGUAGUGUGCCACAAGCAGAAAUAUCCAUAUGCUGUGUAUUAUUGUCAUGCACUAAAUGGCACUAAAGUUUAUACAGCUCCAUUGGUUGGCGCUGAUGCUACUAAAGUCAAAGCAGUGGCUAUUUGCCAUUCAGACACAUCUGAUUGGAGCCCAGGACACUUGGCCUUUUUACUCCUCAACAUGAAGCCCGGCGAAGGGACAAUUUGUCACUUCAUUAGAAGUGAUACGCUUGUUAUGUUAUCCACUAAUGAAAAUACUGGAAAAAAUUAACCUCCAAUGGUACCAAUCUUCUUGGUCGUGCUUAGAGUUUAAGCUUGCUUUCUAGUUGUACUACUACCUAUGCUAAGUUUCGCAAUAAGCCAAUGUUUUUUAAGUGCCAACCUUUGUAUUAGAACUUGCUCAACAUUUGUGCCUAUCUAUUGUAUGUUGAUCCAGUAUAUAUAUAUUCAGUAUGCGUUGAGCUUUA